GAUCUCGGAGGUCUUUUCCAACCUGGUUGAUUCUGUGAUUCUGAGAUUCUGUGACUUGGCAGCUGGGCACGAGCUCUGCAGCUGGGUUUGUUACACAAGAGCAGUUCUUGUUCCUCCUGUUUCAGCUUGAUGAAGGAUGGGGGUGGUGCCUUUGUAGGUCCUGGCAGCCCCAGGUUGGACAGACAGGAAUGCUCCUCUGCCAGGGAGACACGUUAUUGGGUGGUCACAGUGGCUCUGGGUGCCUUGGUGAUUGAGAUUUUGGGUGUCCCAGCAAUGCAAGCGGUUUCUCUGUCCUGGGAAGUUCCUCAUCAGGCUGUGGGUGGUGUCCUUGAGCCUCCACCUGUCCCCCACAGACCUUCCCUUCUCAGCUCUAGGCUGGUGGAGUCCUGGACUGGUCUCUCAGGCUAAACUGGCUUUUUCUCACAGCCCAGACACUCACAGGAGCUGCUGCUGGAGGUGACAGCUGUCCUGCUGGAGGUCAGGGGAAGAGUUUAGUCCAGUCAGCAUGACUGGAAUUGUCAGUGCAAGUUCCUCUUUCUUCAGGAAUUGGGGAAAAAAGAUUGCACCAUGUGGUAAAACCCCAGAUGAGCAUCAGCUUAGCCCUCUGGGGUGGUGGGUGAAUGGAUCCCGAGGAGUUCCUUGUGCUGCCCUUUCCGUGUCUCUUUUCCAGAUGACCUUCUACUUCUCGGACACAGCAGUGCUGCUCUUUGACUUCUGGAAUGUCCACAGCCCCACAGGUAGGCCCUGGGACACCCAUCCACCCAUCCUCCCAUCCAUCCAUCCAUCCAUCCAUCCACCAUUGUGGUUCCGGUACCACGUGGGGCAGACGCUGUUCCACGUGGUGCAGGUGGUGCUGGGCUACAUGGUGAUGCUGGCUGUGAUGUCCUACAAUGCCUGGAUCUUCCUGGGGGCCAUCGCGGGCUCCACGCUGGGCUAUUUCGUGGUGUACCCCCUGCUCGGCCGGGGUUAGACCCCCCCCCGGGGUGGUGGGACACGUGCCCCCACCUCCUGCUCCUCUGUCUGGAAUAGCUGCUGUCACUUCUGCUGGCUCUGUCCCUGUCCCCUGUGCUGGGUGGGACGCAGAGCCCCAGGGACUCGCUGCCCUGCCGGGCUGGGGCAGUGCUGGGGACAGGGAGCCCCACGGCCAGCACUGCCAGGCUGGUGGCUGUCCCCUGGCUCUCAGGGAGCUCUGGGCAGGUGCUGACAGCGAGGGGGUGCUGGGCAUUUCCUUUCCCUCCCCACUUUUCGAGGAGGUUCAUCCUGGCUGGAACGGGAAUGGUCCGGUGACUUGCUGGGGAAGGGGACACGCUGGGGACAGGGCCCACUGCCCUCCUGCCCUAGAGCUGCCCUGCACCGAGCCCCUCUUCACACAGUGCCUUCUGGGGAUGCUGGGGGGGGGUCCUGCUGCCCCCCACCCACCCCCCUCCUGCCAGUGCUUCAGGGAUGGGGUCGGAGCAGCCCCCGAGCUAUGGGGACACUGCUGCUCCAGGCACCUCUUGCUGCUUCCUCAGGACACCCCUUUUAAUAAAAUCAUCUCAGUCACUCUG